AUGCUUUGCACCAACUAUAACAAAAAAGGGCACACCGCCCGAUUCUGUAGAACUCCAGGCCUACAAAACGCACAAGCUGCCAACGCCGGAGAAAGCCAAACCUGCUAUGGAUAUGGAGAAGCUAGACACCUCAAACGUAAUUGCCCGAAGGCAAGAAAACCCAACCCCGACGAAAUGGGCAGAGUUCUGGCGAUAGGUAACGCGGAAGCCAUCGCAGGUCCAACUGUGGUUACCAGUACGUUUUUCCUCAACAAUAAAUACACAUUCAUUCUUUUUGAUAGUGGCCCGGAGAAAAGCUUCGUGAGCCACCAAUUCAAACGCUUGCUUAAUCAAACACCGCAAACACUAAAAGACACAUUCACCGUAGAAAUAGCUAACGGAGAAAUAGAGAACACUAACGAUAUUUACACCGGGUGUACCCUCACCUUAAACAAUCACUCUUUCCAAAUUGACCUGAUGCCGGUCACCAUAAAAAGUUUUGAUGUGAUCAUUGGCAUGGAUUGGUUAUGCCCUCACCAUGCUGAAAUCCUAUGUCACGAAAAGGCCGUUCGCCUUAAUCUGCCAGGUGGCGAAUCUCUCGUCGUUUAUGGCGACUAA